CCCGGAAUGACUUCGAGGGGCUCCCCUCUGGCGCCCCUGCUGCUCCUCUCUCUACUAGGGAUAGCAUCAUCUCUAGAUGUCUCAGAGAACCCAGGAAGUAUACAAGUAGCUCGUGGCCAGACAGCAGUGCUGCCUUGUACAUUCACCACGAGUGCUGCCCUAAUUAACCUUAAUGUCAUUUGGAUGGUCAUCCCACUCUCUAAUGCCAACCAGCCUGAACAGGUCAUUCUGUAUCAGGGUGGACAGACGUUUGAUGGUGCCCCACGGUUCCAUGGUAGGGUAGGAUUUACAGGCACCAUGCCAGCUACUAAUGUCUCAAUCUUCAUCAAUAACACGCAGCUGAUGGACACAGGCACAUACCAGUGCUUAGUCAAUAACCUCCCAGACAGAGGUGGCAGGAACAUUGGGGUCACUGGGCUUACUGUUUUAGUUCCCCCUUCUGUCCCACUCUGUCGCAUUCAAGGAUCCCAGGACAUAGGUAGUGAUGUCAUACUGAUCUGUAGUUCAGAAGAAGGUAUUCCCCGGCCAACCUAUCUCUGGGAAAAGUUGGAUAAUAUCCCCAGGCUACCUCCAUCUGCUACACAAGACCAAAUCCAGGGAACAGUUACCCUACGUAAUAUCAGCUCUGUCUCUUCUGGCUUAUACCAGUGUGUGGCUUCUAACGCCAUCGGGACCAGCACUUGUCUCUUGGAUCUUCAGGUCAUUUCACCCCAGCCCCGGAGCCUUGGUGUCAUUGCAGGGGUGGUUAGCAGCGCCGCGGUUGUCGUCAUCCUAUGUCUUACCUUGAUGCUUGUGGCAUUCUUUUACUGGAGAAACAGAAAUAAAGAGGAAGAGGAGGAAGAGAUCCCUAAUGAGAUAAGGGAAGAUGACCUUCCACCAAAAUGUACUUCAUCUGCCAAAGCUUUCCAUGCCGAGGUCUCAUCUUCAGAGAACAACACACUGACCUCUUCUAAUACUUACAAUAGUCGCUAUUGGAACAACAACCCCAAAGUUCAUCAUACCAUGGAGUCUUAUGGCCACCUGGGAGACUUGCAUCAGUCCUUCUCUCUCCACUCAGGCAGUGCCAAUAUACCAUCUAUUUAUGCCAAUGGAAGCCAUCUGGUCCCACCUUCAGUGAAAACUCUGGUCGUGACUGCCAACAAAGCGCCAUCACCACAGGUCACAUCUCGGAGCAACGGCUCCAUCAACCGGAAGCCUCGGUCACAGCACACACGCUCCUAUGCCGUGAGUCAAACCACGCUAGAGCGAAUUGGUGCGGUGCCCGUCAUGGUGCCAGCCCAAAGUAGAGCAGGAUCACUAGUAUAGAGCUGAGGUAGUUCAGGAAAAGAAGAUUUCACUAUAGAAGGGGUAGAAUGCUGGAAAGGAGAUUGUUUUCCUCAUCCUCACAUGAGUUUAAAAAAAAUGCAUGGGAAAGAGCUGGAUAUUACUCCAUCUUGAGAUUUGAAAAAAAAGACAAAAGGAAGAAAUGGGAUGGAGACCCUCCAGCAUGAUGAUUCCAUUCUACCCUGUGGAAUCCAUCGGGUUCUUAUUACAAAAUUGAAUCUCAUAGAUGUGCCAAGCCCAGGGAAGAAGUAAAGAGGGCAGGUAAAAUCCAAAUUCCAGUCCAGAUGGGCUUAUUCUCUAAUCUAUACCUAACUUACCUUUUUUUUACCUUUCUUUUUAAAAAAAGAAUAAAGUGCCAGGUGGUGUUUGGAUAAUGAAAACCACUUUGGAAGAAAGAUUCCUUUAGAGAAGUGAUGUUCUAACCAUCCCUAUGGGAAGGGGGUGGGGCAGAAAUGGUUCAUAUUGACACCGCCUCCCUCCUCAAAGUCUCAGUGACAAAAGCACACAGAGAGAACAACACUUAGUGAGAAGCAGAGAAAAAAGAAGGUAGCUCCACCGAGAUUUCCCUUCCUGUUUAUUUAUUUAUCUUUUCUCUUGAACCAUCUCAUAUUUAGACCAUUUCUCUAGUAGUUAUAGAUAGAUGACUGCUUUUUCUUUCUAGGAUUGGUUUUAUGCCCAUGGCUGCCAUAGCUGUUUGUUUAUUCAUUAUUCCCUGGGGACGAAAAUAUUUUGGAAAGAGGACUGUUUUUGGAUGGGAGGGUGUGAGGCUAAGCAAGAAGAAGCAGAGGUAGGAGAAUCAAUGUUUAUGCUUACUGAGUUAGGUGACAUUUUUUUAUCACCCAAGGGCUGUUUUAUAUUUUAUUUUGUGGUUCAUGCAGUUCAGGGAAGGCAGCCUUCCGGGGCUUUAGCAUUAUAGGGAACUUUCUCUGUAUAGGGCUGUCUGUGGGUCUCCCUUGUUAUUACACUAGGAGAGCAGCACACAAUACCUCUUGCAUUGAGGCAGAUAACUUAAUUCUCAUUUGACAGAUAGAUGUUGCUAGACAGUUGGAAGGGGAGGGUGAAGUGAAUUUGUUUUUUAAAGAAAAAAUUUUUUUUUGGCAAAGAGAAAAGGCAGAGACAAAUGGGAAGAUGGGAUAGUGGUGAUGUUUUCCGAGGUUGUGAUGUGCUCCUGCUCACAGUAAGUAAGGCCUGCCCAAUCUCUGUGACAGCUCAGGGUUGCCAUUUUGCACAGGGGUUUACCCGAAGGCAUCUCAUGCCACUGUAAAAGUAUUCCUUUUCUCCAGAAUGAACCAGCUUGGGCCUCUACACAGCCCAGAUUCACUGGGAAAUUUGCCAACUUUCCACACCGUUUUGUGCUGUGUAGACCUGCCCACAGGUAAUGUGUUUGGUAACUGUAGAGCCUUAUUCAAACCAGAUUGCUAAAAGCACAAGCAGCUACUUCUGGGAUAUGAUUACUUACUAUGUAGCUUAUCCAGAAUACUGGACCCAUAGUUCAUUUUAAAGCAAGUUCUUCCAGGAUAUAUCUGACCCUUCCUUUCCACUACCCUUUUCCACCCUCCCUACCACACACAUCCUUUUUGAUCAGCAUAGUCAUUUUUGGAGAUGGCCUCCUGGGUCGUGAUUUGACAUGAUCUUGUGCCUUUCUUGCACAAAAAGAAGAAAAAAAUUCUUCCCUCCACCAGGAUAAUUUUUUAAGAAAGUCAGACUCCAAACCUCAUCCUCCAAUAUCAGUAUGGAUUUGGAUUUGCUUUUGUGUACUACUUAUUAUUCCAUUUGACUGCUCUUGGCUUUGUAAAAAUCUAAAUAAAUGAAGUGAAUGUCUAUACUUUUAUAAAGUAAAUGGAAAAUUCUGAUAUUGUAAAGGAGACACUGUCAGCUGUUGUUCAGGAAGCUGUAUCGGUCAUUCU